AUUCCGCCUACAGCAACGUCUUGAACGCGUCUUUUGAACCUUCUGCUCGUGCUCUAACUCCUGUCUCUCCAACCUCGCGAAACUACGAGAAGGCGAGCGUGUUGCGAUGGAGAAAGCACAUGAAAUCCUCAAAAGCACUUUUGGCUUCGACGCAUUCAAGCACGAGCAAGAGGCGGUGAUUCGCCGGAUUGUGGUCGAGAAUGAGAACGCGCUUGUGUUGUUUCCGACUGGAGGAGGAAAGAGUUUGACGUAUCAAAUCCCGGCACUGUGCCUUGAGGGCCUUACCCUUGUCAUCUCGCCGCUCAUUGCACUCAUGAAAGACCAAGUGGAUGGGCUAGUGAUGAGGGGCGUCAAAGCCGCGAACCUGGAUAGUACUCAGGGCGCAGACAGGGCUUCGUGGGUCAAGAACGAAGUCUUGUCCGGGUCGAUGAAGAUCCUCUAUGUCGCGCCGGAGAGGCUAAACAACGAAGGCUUCAUAUCUAUGAUGAGGCGCGUGAAGAUCUCUCUGCUGGCCGUAGACGAAUCCCACUGUAUCUCUCAGUGGGGUGCGAGUUUCCGUCCGGAAUACCUGAAGAUUGCGCGUUUCGCGGAAGAACUUGACGUCGAACGCGUCCUGUGUCUUACUGCGACUGCAACCCCGUCCGUCGCGAAGGACAUUUGCGACAGCUUCUUCAUCGACCGUAACGCGGGGGUCUUCCGCAUUCCUAUGUAUAGGCCCAACCUUGCGCUGCGAGCUGAGGUAGUAGACACUAUGCAAGCGAAGAUCAACCGUCUGGUGACCAUCCUCAAGGAGCGCACUGGUCCUUCGAUCGUGUACGUGACGCUGCAGAAGCAUGCUGAGGAGGUCGCGAACCACCUUCGCCCCCAUGACUUGGAAGCUACGGUGUAUCACGCUGGCUUGCCGUCCGAGGAACGCGAGCGCGUCCAGCAGCACUUCAUGGAUUCGGCGAAAGGUAUUGUGGUGGCCACCAUCGCGUUCGGCAUGGGAAUCGACAAAGCGAAUAUCCGACAGGUCAUCCAUCUCUUUAUGCCGAAGACCCUGGAGAACUACAGCCAGGAAGUGGGGCGAGCGGGCCGUGAUGGUUUGCCAUCGACAUGCUACAUGUUCCUCUGCGCAAGCGAUGUACCCAUCCUGGAGGGCUUCGCUCGUGGAGAUACAUGCGCGAAGCGUGAUCUGGAGCUCUGGCUGCAAGAAGUCGCGCUGAAGGACGCUGCUGCUGACGGCACACUAGACUUCAACCAUUACAAGCAAUCGAAGGACUAUGAUAUUCGGCAAAACGUCCUCAACUUGUGCUAUGCACAACUCGAGCUGGACUACGGCUACAUUCGUGCAAUCACGCCCUUCUACUCCCUAUACGACAUCUCGUCCAAGUCGGCGGACGGGUGGCAGAAGGUUUUGACCGACACCUCGCCUGCGGCUAAGGCGGUCCGAGCCUCUUGGACACCGAAGGGCAGGAACUACCAGGUGGACAUGGUGGCCACGGCAGAGUACUCGAAAAUUGACAGGACCGACCUCGCCAGGACGGUCAAUAUGUGGGAGCUUAAUGGAAACAUCUUUAGCAAACCUUCACAACUCAGAGCGCGGUACAUGGCAACCAAACCUCUCCCGAGGGCCCUGAAGGACAUCAAGAACUUGGCCGAGAUGAUGUACCAACGAAUGGUGGCGCGAGAAGAGGAAGCCGUCGAGAAGAUCCGCCAAGUGAUACAGUUUGCGACAACGGAUGAUUGCCUGGCGCAGCUGCUGGCAGCAUACUUUGGCGACGAAGAGGUCGUCCCGGAUGGGAUGUGUGGCCAGUGCACGUUCUGUCUAGCCGGGCAAGGCGUGGAGUUCGAGCCCAUCGCGCAAGCCGUACCGGAUGCUGGUCGCAUUAAGCAGAUCCUAGAUGCCUGUCCGGAGCGAGACGAUCCUCGACUGCUCGCUCGCAUGGCCUUCGGCAUCACCUCACCCCGUCUCACGGGUGGGAAGUGGUCGACGUACCACCCGCUGUUUGGCAGUAUGGUGGACACCGACUUCAACGCGCUCGUGGCGGCUUUCGACGUAGAGUGCAAGAAGGCGGGGUACGCGAAGGCAGAGCCCGCGGCUCUCGCGCCGCGCACGUCGCAGAAGCGCACCUACACGCAGACUUCCUCUGCAUCCUCGUCUCGUGGCGGCUAUCGUGGCGGGUAUGGUGGUGGCGGUUACAAGCGCGGGCGUCGGGGGAGGUGGUAGAGGUCGACGUCGACGUCGAAAUGGACAGUGCGCUCGUGUGGUGUACUAUAUGCUCGUAUAUUCCUGUAACGUACUCCUCACGAUAUUGUGUGUGUCCUAUAUGCUCUAUCU